CACACAGACAGACAGACAGGCAGGCAGACAGACAGGCAGACAGACAGACACACAGACAGACAGACAGACAGACAGACAGACACACAGACAGACAGACAGGCAGACAGACAGACAGGAUGAAGUCGACGCAGGAGCGCAGUAACGAGUGCCUGCCCCCUAAGAAGCGUGAGAUCCCGGCAAGCACCAUCUCUGCAGCGUCGGGCAGCCUGCCAUCUGAACAGCGCCCCCUCGUGGUGUCUACGGCCGGUGAGGGUCAGCGCGGGAAUCUGGCCUGGCUCGCCAGCGUGGUGAGCGUGCAUGAGGGCCGAGAGCAGCGCACGAGUAUGAGCAGGAGCGUGCACGAGGGCCGAGAUCAGCGCACGAGUACGAGCAGGAGCGUGCACGAGGGCCGAGAGCAGCGACGAGUACGAGCAGCAGGAGCGAGCGCGAGGGCGAGAGCAGCGCCGCAGUACGAGCAGGAGCGUGCGAAGGGCCGAGAGCAGCGCACGAGUACGAGCAGGAGCGUGCACGAGGGCCGAGAGCAGCGCACGAGUACGAGCGUGCACGUCUCAUCGCACGGCACCAACGGACCACAGUACAAACCCCUCUCCUCCGCUGACUCCUCCUCCUCCUCCUUCACCUCCUCGCUUUCGGCGCCGGGCGUGACAGCCUGCACCUCCACCCUCUUACAGACAGGGGGCUCCACCCAGUACUCGCCCCCCAGCGUCCACUUCCUCACGCCCCCCUACGCUGGCCCCUACGCCGGCUACCUCUCCCCCCUCACUCCUCCUCUUCCUCCUCCUGUCUCCUCCUCCUCAGGAGAGUCCACUUACACCUCCUCCUCCUCCUCCUCCUCCUCUUCUAAACUGGACCAUCACCAGCAGCAGCAGCAGCAGCAGCAUCAGUCCAAAGUGUCCGACGCAGUGACCGCGGUGACCCUGGCGCAUUCCACUCAUUACCUGCCGGUGUCCAGCUCUGCCCACCACGGUGCCCACCUCCACUCUCCGCACGCGCUGGGCCCUCUGGUGCUGCAGUACUCUGACCCGCCACCGGGGGGCCAACCGGAAAUGGUGAACGGGGACCUGGGGCGGAGCCGCAGGGUGGGCGUGGCCAAGCAGCACCAGCAGCACUACGAGGUCAAGGGUCAUGGGCAGUACGAGGCGCUACGCCACGUGCUCCUGCCGGCCGAGUACGCGCCGGACAGCGCCGGACAGCGGCCCUCGCUCACGCUCAACAGUUGCCACGGCGGCGGCUCGGACGCGAUGACCAGCGCGGACCAGCGCCCGUCGGCAGGCGAUAAGGGCAGCGUCACACGCACCCCGUUCCUCCCGCCGCUGCCAGUGGACGGCCUCAAGGGGGUCAUCCAGACGAGCGGCGCCGGGCCGUCGGUGUCCCUGGGGUUCUACCCGGCCCAGUCGCCGGUGUUGGGGUACAUGGGGUACCCUCACCUGCUGACCCAGCCGCUCCUCGUCCCCGCCAGCGCGCCCUCGUCCACGUCGGCCGGACACACGUUCCUGGCGCCCGCCGCCCCGGCCAAGAGCGCGUCGGCGUUUGAGUCGCCCGCCGCGUACCCCCCCCACGCUGGCCAGGUGGUGCAUCUGCCCCUGGCGCACGGCUCCGGCGGCCUGCUGGCCUCUCCGCUGACCCCCACUGCCCCCUCGCUGCCAGCGUACUUCGCUGCGGGCUCCAUCAUCCAGCUGGCGGACGGCGCGCUGAAGCGCGUGGAGGAGCUGAGCACCGACGACUUUCUGCAGAGCGCCCACGUCAGCGCUGACCUGCGCAUCGACUCCAGCACCGUGGAGCGCAUCACCGCCAGCCUCACGCCCGACCACGCCAUCGUCCACUUCGCCGUCGGAGAGCACCGCGCACAGGUGAGCGUGGAGGUCCUGUCGGAGUACCCGUUCUUCGUGUUCGGCCAGGGCUGGUCGUCGUGCUGCCCAGAGCGUAGCACCCAGCUGCUGGAGCUGCCCUGCGCCAGGCUGUCCGUGGGCGAUGUCUGCAUCUCGCUGACCCUCAAGAACCUCAAGAACGGCACCCUCAAGAGGAACCCGGGCCCGCCACCACCGCCGGAGAACCCGAGCCAAGGAACCCACGGAACCCUCAAGCCGCCCAGGGCAGCGUCCGGCGAGCGCGAGAACGGCACGGCGGGUCAGACCAACGCGGCCAACGGAGAGCUGCGGCCUGCGGGGAGGGGGCUCGGCCGGCCGGUGGCGCGCAAGCGGAGGUGGUCAGCACCUGAGGGCCGCAAGGUGGAGCGGUCAGACGAGGAGCAUCUCCCCCCCAAGGCCUCCUUCCUCUCCCAGGAGGUGAAGACCAGCAUCGAAGGACACUCUAACAUGGGCUAGUGAGCGAUGCCAACAGGACUGUUAGAUGAAACGACAAACUCACGCCAAACAAAGAAAUCUGCCCUCAAUUUGUUUUCUCUCUUUUUUUAUCCGAAUUACUGUACUGUAGGCAACAUUUGACCGAGUAUUUACACGUUACCACAUUAAGUCCAUGUAGUCACAACAUUGUUAUACGUUAUUACAACUGGUGCAACUGUUUGGAGCUUUCCACAGAGGUGCUGAGGCUUCUGUGCUGGGUUAGGGUGUGUGUGUGUGUGUGUGUGUGUGUGUGUGAGGGUGAGUAGGAAUGCCCUGCGCACUGCUAGAUGGCCUGCCAGUUCUUUGAUGUCAGUCACAAGAUUCCAGAAUGCUCUCGAGUGUUCUAGAAUCCCACGUUAAUUCUGAUCUCCACACAACAGCCAGGCCUGUUCCAGGGUGCUCUAGAGUGCAGCCUCCAUAUUCUGUUUGUUUUGUUUUGUUGUUGUUGUUGUUUUUGUAAACGCUGUGGUCAGCUGCAGUGUGCGGCUGAAGGAGGGGGCUGGGUAGCCUGGCAUGCUGGACGAGGCGGCACAUGACUGGCAUGCCAGGCUGUGGUUGGCAUCUCCUCUCAGGGUACCAUGGCGGAAACGGUUCUUCACUGGUGAAGAGGUCGACAUGAUGCCCGUUAUCCUGAGCUAGUUAUCACACCUUUAGCAUCGUUUUAGUUUAAAACACUUCAUUUCUUAUCGAUUCCUGUCUCUGUGAAGUCAUCAAACAGUGACAGACUGGCUGAUGAUGUCAUCAAGCAGUGCCAGUCGCUCCUAGAGAAAGAGGGAAACUAAACUAUUAAUGGAGUCGGCUUCAUGUAAUCACCCUUUUGGAAUGUUUCCCCCAUUUCUACUAGUUUGUUCUGUUUUUCCUUCUUUGUAACGAUGGAUAGUUUUCUAUCUGUGAUGAAUGUGUAAUCUAAACCUUCAGGUCAGGGCUCCCCUCCAGUCACAUACAACCUGGAUGAUGGGUAAUUUGUGUGUGUGUGUGUGUGUGUGUGUGUGUGUGUGUGUGUGUAGUGAGUUUGGGUAAUACUAGAAGAGAUGACUACAUGUGACUCAUCAUUCUUUUGGUGCAAUGUUGUGUAUUUGUUUUUUCCUGUGUUUAGUCUUUUUAAUAAGUGAUGUGUGUGUGUGUGUGUGUGUGUGUGCGUGAGGACAGUGUAUGUCGUGUCGAGUGGAGUGAAGUGGAGUGGGGAAGCACAGGUGAUCGUCUUGAAGCACUUAACACACCUGUUCCUCUCACAAACCAGCCAAUUAUGAGCAGAGAGGCAGCAAUCGACAGAUUAUGACAAUAAUGAUCUCACCCAUUAUUAUUAUUAUUAUUAUUAUUGAACUCAGUACUGUAUGUUGUGUGUGUAAGUCUGAAUGCUCUGUGGCUAUGAUGAGAGCUCAGGGGUCAAAGGUCAGGUGACCUACGACAGGCACAGGUAACGUGACAGGUGACCUGGUGACCAGGAGGCGAAGAACCAGACAUGCCCAUGGAGAGCACUACCAGGGUCUACCAGACGAGGGCGCUGCAGAGCACUACCAGGGUCUACCAGACGAGGGCGCUGCAGAGCACUACCAGGGUCUACCAAACGAGGGCGCUGCAGAGCACUACCAGGGUCUACCAGACGAGGGCGCUGCAGAGCACUACCAGGGUCUACCAGACGAGGGCGCUGCAGAGCAGCACAAGCACAUGGAGAAAGAAUCAGAGAAUCUAAAGUAAUAAAGCCAUUAUAUUCUAGAGAGAGAGGGAGAGGCAACGUGAGAGAGAGAGAAAGUGAGAAAGAGAGAGAGAGAAAGAGAGAGAGAGAGAGGGAGAGAGAGACAGAGAGAGAGAGAGAUGAGUAGGAGAAGGUUCAGCCACAGAAUGGUGAAGUCUCUUUGAAUGAUGUCAUGUGAUCAUGAGUUCAUACAUGCAUGAAUGUAUGCAGGCAAACAAAUACAUAUACACACACACACACACACACACACACGCACUAAAGAUGUGCUUUAAAGUUGAUGUAUUUUAUAAGUUUGUAUACAGUACAUUAACAUGCCGUGUCAUACGACACCUUAACUGGUGAGCAGGUUAGGACACACACACACGUCAUGCGACAGCUUAACUGGUGAGCAGGUUAGGACACACAGACACACACACACACACACACGUCAUGCGACACCUUAACUGGUGUGCAGGCUAGGACACACAGACACACACCAUGUUUUUACACCAGACUUUAAACCGUAGCUGUGUAGUGAUGUUAGUGGUCUGUUGUGUGCGAGUGUGUACGCCUUUGAUUAUGUGUGUGUGUGUGUGUGGUUAGCAUCUGUAUUAUAUAAUUUUUAUUAUAUAGGUAUAUGUCCAGUGUUUCUGUUAAAAAAUCUACUUAAGAGAAUCUUGCAAUUUGCACAUCUGGAGAGUUACCGUAGUAACAUAACUUUUUUUUUUAUUCUCCUCUCUUUUGUUUUCUUUUUCUGUUUGUUUAUUUUCUGUUUGUUUAUUUUCUGUUUGUUUAUUUUCUGUUUGUUUUGUUUUUCUCUUUUGUUUUCUGUUUUCAGCCCAAACGCACACACUGAGCUGGAAACCCGUUUUGCUGAGAUGUAGCAGUGACCUGUCCAGCAACUGACCCCUAAAGCACACACACUCUCUCUCACACACACACUCUCUGUGGACAAACACAUGUGACACACACACACAUACACACACACACACUCUCUGUGGACAAACACACGUGACCUGUAGCUCUCUC